AUGGCCGACGACGGUCAAGCAGUGGCCUCAGGAGGCCCGGCUGCUCCUCCCGCCCCGAGCGCUGGACAUGGGGGCGGUCACGGCCCGGCAGACAACUUCGCCGCCAACGGGCACCAUGCUCAACCGGCUCACGGCCGCCGCUCACACGGCCCUCUCAUGGAGGAAAUCACAUCGCUAACGUCGCCUCGCCUCUUUACGCCCAACCCCUUUAGCCGAAAAAAUACGUCCCUAGAUAUCGACGACUAUUUUACCGGCCCCCGUGAUAUCCAAAAACACUCCAAAUGGCCCAUCUUCUUGCAGAUGCACGGGAGCAUUCUCCCCAAGCUGAUUCUUCCCCUGUUUGCUGUCGGGGCCUGGGCGACCUGUAUCACCUGCAUCCAUGUGCUCGUGACACCAAUCAGCAUUGGAAGUGUCCUCCUAACUGUGCUCGGUUUCGUGGUUGGUUUGGGGUUGUCUUUCCGUAGCUCGACCGCUUACGAGCGCUACGCCGAGGGGCGCCGGUACUGGGCUCAACUUAUUCUGGCGAGCCAAAACCUUGGGCGCGUCUUUUGGGUGCAUACCGUCGAGCGGACUAAUGUUCCGGAGGACCAGGUUGAAGAGCAGAAGCGGAAGGACGUGCUCGAAAGGCUGACCGCCAUGAAUCUGGUUGUGGCCUUUUCCGUUGCCCUCAAGCACCGCCUACGCUUCGAGCCGUACACAUGCUACGACGACAUCUCGGGUCUGGUCUCGCACCUCGGCACGUUUGCGCAAGCGGCCACCAGAGAGGACACCGACAACGCGCAGCGCACGUUCCGACGGCACGGGUUCUUCAAGAGCGUGGGCGAGUACCUUGGCGUCUCGUUUGCCGAAAGCAAUCCCCGUAAGGCGGUUAAAAAAGCUGGGCGGCCGCUAGGGAACCUGCCUCUCGAGAUCCUGUCGUACCUAGCCAGCUACGUCGACGAGUUGGCCGUGUCCGGGCGGCUGCCGGUGCCCAUGCAGCAGACGACGGCAUACAAUAACGUUGCGCUGCUCAACGACGUGCUGGUCGGCACGGAGCGGGUGCUCAACACACCGGUCCCCAUCGCCUACGCCAUCGCCAUCGCUCAGAUCACCUGGGUGUAUAUCCUGGUGCUGCCCUUCCAGCUGCUCGGUACCGUCGGCUCCCAGCCCUGGAUCACGAUCCCCGCCACAGUCGUUGCCGCGUAUAUCAUCCUCGGUAUCCUUUUCAUCGGCCGCGAGAUCGAGAACCCGUUCGGGCAGGACGUCAAUGACCUCCCGCUCGAGGUGUACUGUUCGCAGAUCGCGGCCGAGAUGGACGUUAUCGCUAGUCGCCGCAAGCCGCGCAGCAGUGAGUGGAUGGAGUCGAUUGAGAACCGCGUCCUCUGGCCGCUGUCGAGCUCUGGGUGGCCCGUAUGGAUGGGCCGCAGCGAGGACAAGAUCCGCGAGGCGGUCGUGCACAAAGUGGAGGCUACCUUUAUGAGCCAGAAGGGCAAGGAUGGAAUAGCCAAAGGUCAGGAGCGGCCCGGAUCGGAAAAGGGGGGUGCGGUAUCUGGCAAGGAGUCGGUCAGCGAGGUGUGA